AUUCAGCCCAUUCUUUCCGUUCUCUCCCUCUUUCUCUCUCUUUAUGCUCAAUGCAUCAGUUCCCAUCUGGCAUAUAAAACCGUCAAGGCAAAGGGCUCGGAAUUUCCAAAAGGCCAUAGGAACUGAGAAGCGGAGACGAGGGGAUUUGGGAGCGGAAGGAGAAAAGCGAUUUCCAUUCUCUGAAAUUCUCCAGUGUUCCUUCCAAAUCGAGCCGAGAGGCUGAAUUGCUGGGGUUCUUGUGAGAGAAGUAGGGAAUAGUUGCAGAUGGCUGCGGUGGCUGCGAACGGGAUCAGCUCUGAGAAUCAGUUCAUCCAUUGCCAGCCCACGGCUUGCAAUCAGGAAACGGAAUAUCGGAGUGAUGUGAGGAAGCUGGUGGAUCUUCUCUCGAAAUUGAAUCCACUGGCGAAGGAGUUUUUCCCUUCAUCUUACGCUGCAACGGGGACCAAAUUGGAUGGCCGCCUCUCCGCAGAUGCCCCGGUUUUCGUGGGCUCUACCGAUUGUUAUAACAGAAUUAAUGUGCCCGAGAACGGGAAUGGUAAUAAGGAUUCUUGUAGUGAUGUAUCUUCAAACAAUCAGUUGCUGAAUCGGAGGAGGACAAAUGGCUAUAACCAAGGGAGGAAGAGGAUGAAUGACAGGUUGAAAAGAGCUGAACGGGAGGAAAGCAUUAGGCGAACUGUAUAUGUUUCUGAUAUUGAUCAUCAUAUAACAGAAGAGCAUCUAGCUGAAUUAUUCAGUAGCUGUGGUCAAGUUGUUGACUGUCGGGUUUGUGGCGAUCCUCACUCAACUCUUCGAUUCGCAUUUAUAGAAUUUGACGAUGAUGAGGGUGCAAGGGCAGCUCUCAGUCUUGGAGGGGCCAUGCUAGGUUCCUACCUUGUCAGAGUUCUACCAUCAAAGACUGCAAUUUUUCCUGUGAAUCCUAAAUUCCUACCACGGUCCACUGAUGAAAGAGAAAUGGUUGUGAGAACGGUGUACAGUACAAAUAUUGAUCGGAAGGUUUCUCAAUCUGAAGUAAAACAUUUCUUUGAACAAAUAUGUGGAGAGGUUUCCCGUCUGAGACUUCUUGGGGACAGCUUGCAUUCAACACGGAUAGCAUUUGUUGAAUUUGCUCAGGCUGAGAGUGCCAUUCUAGCUUUGAACUGUAGUGGUAUGGUGCUUGGAUCUCUUCCAGUUAGGAUUAGUCCAUCAAAGACACCAGUGAGGCCUCGUAUCCCUAAAGCAGCAUCACAGUAAUUAACCUGGGCAUAUUUGAGAACUGGAGAGCUAUUGAAUUAUUAUCUCAAAUGCCUAAAAUUAACUUCUUUUUUUGUCUUGGGAACAUGUUCUUCCUGUCGUUAAGCUUUUAUUUUUUGAACACAGAUUUUUCUCAUAACCUAUCUUUCUUUUAUUUGUCAUUUUGUAUGUCAGACAUCAGACAUUAAGGUGUCUAAAACCUUUGAUGGAAUUAAGCUAAUUACUUAGCAGUUCCAUGUUUUGACGUUUGUGCCAAUCAUGAUUAUUUUUGGUGGUUUCUUCCAGUAAUUCAAUUGGCUUUCAAUC